CUUCCCGUACGGACACGUGUACAGGAACUAUUCGACCCGUAAAGCUGACAGUUUGAUGUCGGUCGACGUACAGUGUACACGCAAACCGCAUCGAACCAGCUAGCCACUUAACAGACAGAUCUCUUUGAAAUUUGUCAUACAAAAUUGUCAGCCAACGGUACAAGUUAAACGAACAGUUUCAUCUUUCACCUGUCUGGGCUUGUGGUCGAAACGGGAGGCCAUGGCAAACCAGAGACGAGCUCGGUGCGGACACCUCUGGACUGCAUCCCUUGCCCUCUGUGUGCUUCUCGUCGUGAAAGUGCACACGCGCCCGGCGAACAUGUCGGCGCUCAAAGACAAAAAUCAAGACAGCAAAGAGGAUAACGAAAUCCUGCCGCCGGACCAUCUCAAUGGAGUAAAGAUGGAAAUGGAUGGACACCUCAAUAAGGACUUUCAUCAGGAAGUGUUUUUGGGCAAGGACAUGGAAGAAUUCGAGGAAGACUCUGAACCUAGAAGAAACAGGAAGAAAUUAAUUGAUAUCUUUACAAAAGUGGAUUUCAAUAAGGACGGGAGCGUGAGCGCUAAAGAGAUGCAGCGCUGGAUCAUGCAAAAGACGGAGGAGCAUUUUCAGGAAGCUGUCAGAGAAAACAAAAACAGCUUCCGUGCUGUUGACCCAGAUGGAGAUGGACAUGUGACAUGGGAUGAGUACCGAGUAAAGUUUCUGGCUAGCAAAGGCUUCAAUGAGAAGGAAGUUGCUGAAAAGAUCAAGAACAAUGAGGAACUAAAGGUGGAUGAGGAAACCCAGGAGGUGCUGGAGAGUUUGAAGGACCGCUGGUUUCAGGCAGAUAACCCCCCUGCAGACCAGCUUCUGAACGAGGAGGAGUUCCUCUCCUUCCUCCACCCAGAGCACAGCCGCGGCAUGCUCAAGUACAUGGUCAAAGAGAUUGUCAGAGAUCUCGAUCAGGAUGGUGAUAAGAGGCUGACCCUGUCUGAGUUCAUCUCUCUGCCCAUGGGCACUGUGGAGAACCAGCAGGCUCAGGACAUCGAUGACGACUGGGUACGCGAGAGGAAGAAGGAGUUUGAGGACGUCAUCGACGCCAACCGCGAUGGCAUUGUGACCAUGGAAGAACUGGAGGAGUACAUGGAUCCCAUGAAUGAGUACAACGCCCUAAACGAAGCCAGGCAGAUGAUCGCCGUGGCCGAUGAGAACCAGAACCGUAACCUGGAGCUGGAGGAGAUCCUUAAGUACAGCGAGUACUUCACCGGGAGCAAGCUCAUGGACUACGCUCGCAACGUUCACGAGGAAUUCUGAGCGUCCUCUCUGCCUGGUCUGGAAAGGCACAACCUGGCCCAGCAGCCAAUCAGAGAGCCCUGGGGAAUCCCAGUAGGUCUGUGGGCUGAUAUGGCUGCCAGCAGACUGGAAUGACCAGUCUGUUUGUACAUAUAUUUAAGCUGUAAAAAAAACAACAAGUCCAGAAAAGUUAUCUCUGCCUCUCUCUGUAUCUAAGACCUACAAAGGCUGUUUGGGGGUUUGUCUUUGGUAAUGUCACAUGAUCUACCCCUUCUGCCACAGUCUGCCUUCUGUUUUCCGAUGCAAGCUUUUUUUUUUCCCCGUACAUGUACAUUGUAUCUGCUUUUAGUGCAUUCUAAAAAAGGCUAUGUCACUUUUCAUUUAAUCUGAAUAUAAUUUGAAUGUUAAUAAUUAUGGAAAUGUAUGUAUAUGAAGAAUUUAGAAUGGGAUGGGGGGCCAAUGGCUUUGUGGUUUCUAUAUAGUAUAGUGGGAGGAGGGGGGGCCGGUGGGCUCAAGCAGUUCAGCAGGGGACUAAUGUAAAUAAUUUUGCUCUAACAUAUAUACUGUAGGAGUUUAAAUGAGUUAGGGGUGAUAGUCUUUUGUGUUUUUGUUUUGUUUUAUUAUUGUUGUUUUUCUUUACAUGAAUUCACAUCUUCGGCUGUGGAACUGUCUCUCAAAAAGAUCAAAGGUUAGUCAGUUGUCUGUAACAUUAACAAACCAUUCAGGACAAAUGAUUCGAUUAGACCUGUGCAACUCACUCAUGUUUCUAAUUCACCUCAUAGCUAAACUAUUCUCAUUGAAGUGUCCUUCACCCUUUUCUCCCUUUUCCCUCCGUCCUGUCCAACUGCCCUCCUGGAGCCUGUAUGUGGCUACAUUUAAGGGUCUGGAUUAAUACAUAUUUAAGGCCUUUUGAGGCUGAUAAUAAGAUUUUUCAUUGUUGUAAAUACUAUAUUUUUUGUCAAAGUUAGGAAUGAUUUUAAUUGAUUUUGAUGUAUUGCCAUCAGUGUGCUGAAACCCUCACAGGUCUAGGUUAUUCAAAUCCAUUCAUAUUUUGUUUUUUAGGAGACAAAAACAAAAAAAUAGACAAUCUUGCAGUGAUGCCAUAUCAGAAGUUAGAGGUCCUUUAUUAUACAUAGAAAAGACGAGUUUAUUUAUUUAAUAUUUAUAAUUCAGCAUCCAAAUGUGAGCGGCUCUGUGUUGAGAGCAUAUCAUUAGUGAGCGGUGAUGUUGUUCUCUCUUCAGAGCUGCACUGAGCGUUAAAUCAGGGACCAUGGGUCUUUUACUCUCCGUUCAUUAUGUAUGGUAUUAUAAAUGUUACAGAGAAGUGGAUUAUAAACUAGAUGACUGUGUGAGAGGAUGUUGUGUGAAUUUGGAAUGAGUGACAGUAAUGUGGUGGUACUAUCCUCAGUGCUGUCUUGUGUUAUUGAUUUUCAUUAAAGAGAUGUGCUCCUUAACUGAA